AGCACACCGUACACAACAUCAGUUGUUUUCAAAUUUGAAUCAAUUGCAUCAAAUUUAAUGCUUCCGUUUCGCUAAAUUUAUACGCAGUUGUGGUAAGUUGCCAUUGCAUCAGAUAGCGAAAAGUAUUUAAUGUAGCAGAACCUUGGGAGGAAGAAACAGCAAAUAAAAAAGAAACGCAACACACGAAGAAAAUGUUUCGUCUAAGGAAGGGAACUUCACACUUCAUUCUGCAGCUUAUAUUUGUCUCUCUGGGCAGUGUGGCAUUCGCAAAUGAUUCAACGAUGAAUAUACUCGAGAAAGAGAAAGCGGUUCUGGACCAAUUACUGACGGACAAGAGAUACGAUGCUAGAAUCCGACCAUCUGGUGCUAAUGGAACCGAUGGCCCCGUGGUGGUUCGUGUCAACUUUUUUGUGAGAAACAUGCCAUAUGUUGACGACUUGAAGCAGGAGUAUAGUGUGCAGCUGACAUUUCGAUAUAUGUGGCUUGAUGAACGACUGCAAUUUGAUGACAUGGGAGGUAAAUUGAAGUAUCUACACGUGGAUGCGGCGAGACGUAUCUGGAUGCCAGAUUUAUUCUUUUCAAACGAAAAACAAGGCAAUUUCCACAACAUGCUUGCGCCAAACUUUUACGUUCGAAUCUUCCCCAGCGGCAGUGUAUUGUACUCGACUCGCAUAUCGUUGACACUGGACUGUCCCAUGAACCUGCAACCAUAUCCAUUUGAUCGACACGAAUGUCCACUUCAAAUCGCUUCUUACGGAUACCUUACCAAUGAUGUGAUUGUACAAUGGAAAGAGGUAUUACCGAUUCAAGUUAUCAACAAGCUAUCGUUAGAGUUUCAGGGGUUCACGUUGACUGGUUAUUCGCCGGAAUACUGCUCGACUAAAUCAAUAGCACCCGAAUACUCUUGCUUAAAAGCAAUGUUCUCCUUUAAACGUGACUUGAUGCCAUCUCUAACUCGAAUCUACAUUCCAAACUGUGUACUGGUUCUUGCUUCAUUUGUUUCGUUCUGGUUGGAUCCAAGUAGAGGCGCUUCUCGCGCAUUUCUGGUUUCAACUACACUACUCGCAAUGGUCUUUCAAGUUUCGUACAGAACUGCUGCACUGCCAACAGGCUCUUAUAUCAAAGCAGUUGAUAUUUGGUUGAGUGUUUGUUUGGCAUUCAUAUUUGGAACGUUGCUUCAGUUCGCUACACUGAAUUACACUUCACGUAACGAGGACAAAAAUAAGUGCGAGCAGGCCGAAGGAGUUUCCCUAUUGAGUGGUGACGAAAGCAAAGAGUCGACUAGAAGUCCUUCUCACUACAAACACUAUCUCACCUGCCUGUCGAAGGCGUCCAAAUCGAAGAAAAUCGACAUUGUAGCGAGAAUCAUGUUCCCAACCUCAUUUGCAGUGUUCAAUUUGGCCUAUUGGAUUGCAUACCUUCACAAGGAAUGAUUCAUAAUUUUUGGAUUUGGACUGGUUUUUAACCGCUGUUGCCCUCGGUCGAGCAUAAUUGUGGGAAAAAAUGUAAAAUUAAACUAAUCCAUAA